AUGGGUAAGCAGACGGUGAGAAUGAAGGUGGUGGUUUACGCCUUGUCUUCAUUCCAGCAGAAGGUGAUGCCGGGCCUCUGGAAGGAUCUGCCUGGUAAGAUCAACCAUAAGAUCUUUGAAAAUUGGAUCAAUGCUACCCUUCUCCUUGGCCCUCUCGUUGGAACAUACUCCAAUGUGCAAUGGUAUCAGGAAAAGGAGAAGAUGGAGCACAGAUACUGAAAAUUUCAUGUUUUAUCUACUCUUACUGGCCAUGAUUUUUUCUGCAGCUGCAGUUAUUAAACUUUGGAAUUUAAAUACUCAUUUGUAGAUGUCUACUUCUGUGACCUUCAACUUUUGUUAAAUCACUUGAUGUUUGAAAUCUGUGGUGUUAUGCAAAAAUUUUCUGAAUACCUGUUUUUUAUUUUUCAUGA